AUGAGUGGGGACUAUCCAAUGACUGAGUACCCUGUGAAGGUUCGAGUGAUGCACAUUUUUUCGCUCUUCUCGGCCUGGGCCUUCGUCACGAUGCCGGCGGCCAUGCUGGCGGCGGCCUUCCACGAUGCCCUGGAGAAACGGCGCCUGGUGCAGGCGAAGCGAAGGAAGGAGGCCAUGUGCAAGAUCAUCCGUCUCGUCCGGAAGAUUCUUUUACGACGCCGUUUCAGGCAAGUCGUUGGCACGGCCAUCGAGCGGCACCGCCAGGGCUAUACGAAGGCCGGCUUGGCACGCCAGAAGUAUCCAGGUUUGGCCAGAUUGUUAGCCAUGCUGAAUUCCGGUGAGUUGUAUUUAUUUGUCUUGGGCCUUUGCACCGUAAUGCACGUGAGUUUCGCCAUGCUGCGGAGUAUCCCUCAGCUUCAACCCGAGGCUAUGCUGUGGGACAUGCUGAUGCUUCCGAUGGUCAUGUUCUUCGUGCUGAACUUCAUUGGUCGCUUCGUCACGGCCUUUAUGAAUCCAAAGUAUCACUGUUCAUCCAGACGAUUCAUCUGCAGCUUUCAGAGGUGUUGUCAGCUCGCGGCGGCGGUGGUCUAUUUCCUUCACCUGGCUUUUCCUGAUGAUGAGAGACUGGUGAGAUGGACAUGUGCCGCACAAUGUGUUUGGGUCCUGAACUUCGGGCAGAUCCUGGGGACCAGUACCUUGCUCGGUUUGGUUUGGUCAGAGAUCCGCGAGACCUUGUUCGUCAUGACCUUCGUCUCCAGUACCUUCUGGGCUCUCAGUGCGACCUUGUGGUAUCUCUCAGAGGGGGGUGCAACGAGCGCGGUGGGGAUGACAGACAUGUUCUCCACCUUGUACUACACUUGUAUCUUUCUGCUGGGUGAGUGGUGCUCCUUCGACUUCUCUCCCGUUGGGGCAGGCUUGAGUAUGCUCUACGCCAUUGUGGGUGUGGGCUUAAACGCCAUGCCCAUGGCGGCCUUCCAAGAUGCCUUGACCAAUCUGACGGGUGCAGGUGCCUACAACGUGGUGGUGGCACGACGACAGUUGUUGCAAGACAGCAAUUUGUCCACGGGUGGUACCGUGACGUCCCCAGAGAAUGUGCGCGUGAGGAAAUCGGAAGUUGAGAUGCAGGUCCUACAAAGUUUGGACGAAGAAAUGAUUUAG